CGCGCGGCCAGCCGCGGGGGAAGCGGCUCUAAGUCGCGGGCUCGCAGCGCAGACUCAGCUCCGUGCGGCUAGAGGUGCGAGCGCAGGGACCGGGAGCUGACCCGGCGCGCAGUUUCCAGUGGGGCCGGGGUCCCACCCGGGCACUGUCUCUUUGAACCGAGCCCGACGAAUGGGCGCAUGACGAUGGAGAGCAGGGAAAUGGACUGCUAUUUGCGUCGCCUCAAACAGGAGCUGAUGUCCAUGAAGGAGGUGGGUGAUGGCUUACAGGAUCAGAUGAACUGCAUGAUGGGUGCACUGCAAGAACUGAAGCUCCUCCAGGUGCAGACAGCACUGGAACAGCUGGAGAUCUCUGGAGGGGCUCCUGCACCAGGCAGCCCUGAAGGUCCCAGGACCCAGCUUGAGCGCCCUUGUUGGGAGGGUGGCAGAGGUCUGGCCAGGCCCACAGUCCGCUCCCCCGCCAGUCAACCUUCUGUUGGCAGCAGCACCAAGUUUCCAUCCCAUAGGAGUGUCUGUGGGAGGGAUUUAUCCCCCCUUCCCAGGACACAGCCGCAUCAAAGUUAUGUUCAGCAGGGGUCAGAGCAAGUGGAACCAGAUGACUGGACCUCCACGUUGAUGUCCCGGGGCCGGAAUCGGCAGCCUCUGGUGUUAGGGGACAACGUUUUUGCAGACCUGGUGGGCAACUGGCUAGACUUGCCGGAAGUGGAGAAGAGUGGGGAGAAGGGUGGGAAUGGGCGGGCACAUGAACCCAAAGGAGAGAAAGGCCAGCCCCAGGAGCUGGGCCACAGGUUUGCCCUGACAGCAAACAUCUUUAAGAAGUUCUUGCGUAGUGUGCGGCCUGACCGUGACCGGCUGCUGAAGGAGAAACCAGGCUGGGUGACACCCGUGGUCCCUGAGCCCCGAACCGGCCGCUCCCAGAAGGUCAAGAAGCGGAGCCAUUCCAAGGGCUCUGGACAUUUCCCCUUCCCAGGCACUGGGGAGCACAGGCGCGGGGAGAAUCUCCCCAAAGGCUGCCCCAAGACCCUGGAGCCCUCCCCCUCAGGCUUUGAUAUUAACACAGCUGUUUGGGUCUGAGUCCUAGAGACAGAAAGUUGACUGAACCUGAAAGGGCCAGGUCCCAGUGCUGAGCCCCUGGGGAGGAGGGAGGGAGGGCGGUAUGGCUCUCAAAAGCCCAACUCCAAGUUCCUUUCCCCAAGAUGGGAGGGAGAAGCCAGAGUUCUUGGCUCAGGGCUGAUGGGAAUGUGGGUGGGAGAGAGGCUGUCGCAGGGGCUGGCUGGCGAAGGAGGUAAGAGUAGCUGGAGAGCUAGCUCUCUCGUGUGUGUGUGUGUGUGGGGGGGGGGGGUGUGGGUGUGUGUGUGGUGUGUGGU